AUGGCUGUUAAAGAAUUUUCAGUUUUACAAAAAGUACUGAUAUGUUCGAUGGUAACGACAGUCGUUUGGAUAAACUUUAUAUGCUUUAUUGACACCAAGCAAUGGUUCAAGCAAGACAGGUUUCCGAGCCAAAAGGCAACGUACAAAUUUGAUCAACAACGAAAUAUGUCCAAAGAAGGUGAUAAAUCUGAUGAACGUCGGACUGUGCCUGUUCAGGCGCUAAAGAGAAUUGAUGAAUAUAUGAAUUUCACAGAUCUUAAGGACCACCUGUCUUUAGUAAACAUUUCAACAUCAUUGGUAACCAUAAGGAAAAAAACAUCUGUAGUCAGAGUUGGAGAUAACGUCAUGAUCGAUAUCAUUCUGUUCAACGGCAGAGGUGAAAGGACAAAAAACGGAGGUGAUAUGCUGAGGGUGUGGCUUCGAGAACCUGAUCUAAAUGCAUCCGUGUCUGGUUAUGUGAUUGACCAUGGCAACGGGUCUUAUACUGGCGUUGUUAAAGCAAUGUGGCCUGGAAAUCCAGAACUGAUGUUUUCUGUUGCAAAUACAAAGGAACAUAUUGGAAUUUUCUUGAAUGUUGUACGUAGAUAUGGUUUGUCAAAAUUCCUCCAAGCGUUUUUUAAGAAAGGAAACCUAACAGAAUCAACCUUGUGCAGCAUUUUACCAAAUAUUCCAAACACUGCAGCUCUCUGCAAUUUCACAAACCAAAAUUUCAACUUUUCAUUUUUCUGCGGUAAACCCAAAGAACUUGGCUGUGAGGACUGGAAAGAGUAUUCAAGAAGCGCAAUAAACUCUUGCAACGAAAAGCAAAAAUCUCUUUUUAUGAAUUACAAAUAUUUCAAGAAAAGAGUAGGAAAACUUCAUAUAUCAGCAGGAACUACGGGAGAACCAAACAUCUCCUGUCAUGACGUCAGCAGUGCUUUGACCUGGCAGACAACAAACCCUACGGGCUACUUCUUCAACAAUGAGUGGCGGUCGUUGUUAUGCAAACCCUCACUCUCUUGGAGAUACAAGUCAUAUGCGAGUUGUCUAAAGAAUCGGCCAGUACUGCUUACAGGCGACUCCACCACAAGAAACUGGUAUUCACCUUUAGCCAAAUUGUUAAAGUUACACGUAUUCGUCGGACGCCAUGAAGUAAAGGAUGAAGCCUGGCAGAAAUUCGCCGAAGCAGUAGAUAAGAACAAUUUAUUAUCCAUAUAUUGGACACCACACGAGAUCCCGUUCUUCAGUUAUAAGCAAAACAAAAACAACUUCCGGACUGUAGCCUCAAGAAUUGACGAUUUGCCAGGAAACCAAAGAGCAAUUAUAAUAUUACAUUGGUUUGGUCACAUGACAAUGACGACUCCGAACCAUUUUAGAGAGCAUGUAGCUAGUGCCAAACACGCCGUUCAACGUCUUUUGAGACGCUCUCCACAUUCUAGCAUCCUCAUAAAAGGCCCCCACUCAUUUACGCACAAGUAUUAUUUUCUAGAACCAUUCGAUUAUUUGAAUAGAAUAUAUAAACAGAUAUUGUAUGAAGAGUUUAUAGAUUUACAAGAGAAGGUGUAUUUUAUCGAUCAAUGGGAUGCAACAGUAGGAAAUGAAAAUGUAGACAUUCACCCCAAACCAUUCUUAAACCCAAUUAUGGCUAAUUUCGCAUUUUCCUUUAUUUGCUAA